UUCUGGCGCAUCUUCACUGCCGAUCUCAUUAAAAUACUUUGGCUACAGAGAAGCAGCUUGGCGCUCAGGAAGAACGGAAAGCACUGAGCACAUUAAGCAUUAUUUAGCAUAAUUUUUCUGAGAGUUUAUUAGUAUCAUCUUCAACAUGGCAGUCGCUAACACUACCAAAACAUCGUGGAAAUUACAGGAGAUCGUGGCGCACUCCAGCAACGUUUUGUCGCUGGCGCUGGGGAAGACCUCGGGCCGGCUGCUGGCCACAGGUGGCGAGGACUGCCGGGUCAACAUCUGGGCCGUCAGCAAACCCAACUGCAUCAUGAGUCUGACGGGACACAACAACCCAGUGGAGUGCAUUCAGUUCAGCAGCUCAGAGGAGCAGGUGGUUGCUGGGUCACAGUCCGGGUCUCUGCGCGUCUGGGACCUUGAGGCUGCCAAAAUCCUUCGGACCCUCAUGGGACACAAAUCCAACAUCUGCAGCCUGGAUUUCCACCCCUUUGGGGAGUACCUGGCCUCAGGCUCCAUGGACACAAACAUCAAGCUGUGGGAUGUGAGAAGGAAAGGAUGUGUGUUCAGGUAUAAGGGCCACACAGGUGCAGUCAGGUGUCUGGCCUUCAGUCCAGAUGGGAAGUGGCUGGCCUCUGCCAGUGACGACAGCACAAUAAAGCUGUGGGAUCUGGCUGCAGGGAAGAUGAUCACAGAGUUCACUGCUCACACAGGCGCUGUCAACAUCGUGCAGUUUCACCCCAACGAGUACCUGCUGGCCUCAGGCAGCUCGGACAGGACCAUCAAGCUGUGGGACCUGGAGAAGUUCAAAAUGAUUGGCUCCUCAGAGGGACAGACGGGGGCUGUCAGGUGCAUAUCGUUCAGCCCGGACGGGGGCUGUCUGUACAGUGGCUCGCAGGACACGCUCCGUGUGUACGGCUGGGAGCCUGACCGCUGCUUCGAUGUGGUGUCUGUGGGCUGGGGCAGGGUGGCCGACCUGGCAAUCUGUAACAACCAGCUGAUUGGAGUGUCGUACAACCUCACCAACGUGUCUUCCUACGUGGUGGAUCUGAACCGGGUCCAGAAGUCUGGCUCUGUGAUUCAGGGCGUGAUCCAGGAUGACAAACCCCUCUCUGAGCCCUCCCCAAAAGGCGCGACGAUCCGCCGCAACUAUGAGCGGCCGCUCACCACCUGCGGGAACCAGAGGGUGAAGCAGAAUUCGGAGUCUGACCGGCGCAGCCCGGAGGGGGAGAGACGGAGUCCCAGCAGCGAGGAUGAGCGCGAGGAGAAGGAGUCCACCGCCGAAAUCCGCAACGCCGAGGACUACAAGGAGAUCUUCCAACCAAAGAGCGCCAUCUCUCGUACCCCCCCGAAGAAGAGUGAACCCUUUCCCGCCCCACCUGAGGAUGAGAUUUUUGUGGUGAAGCCCAAUCCGGCGCUGGAUGUGAUGACCCCAAUGCCAGACCGGGUGCCGCCCGGGCAGCUGAAGAACCCGCCCAUCGCGUCCUCCACGCCGGUGGUCAGGGUGGAGCCCUCGGUGGCGGCCACCCGGCCUCUCCCCGUGGUGCCCCCGGUGACCCGCCCGCUGCCCGUGGUGGCCCCUGCCACCCGCCCGACGCAGGCCUUCGCCCCGAUCCACGCCCGGCCCGAGCCCGCCGUCAUCUUCUCCUCCCGGAACGAGCCCAUCGGGCUCAACGUGGGCGACUUCCUGCCACCGGCUAAAAACAACAAGCCGAUGACGCUGAGUGACGAGGACGCCCUGUCCCAGAUCAGGAAGGGCCAUGACACCAUGUGUGUCAUGCUGUCCAGCCGGCACAAGAACCUGGACACGGUGCGAACCGUGUGGAGCAGCGGGGACGUCAAGACGUCUCUGGACUCUGCUGUGUCCAUCAACGACCUGUCCAUCGUCGUGGACAUCCUGAACAUCGUCAACCUUAAGCCGUCGCUAUGGAAACUGGACCUCUGCACUGCCAUCCUGCCCCAGAUCGAGGUGCUGUUGCAGAGCAAGUAUGAGAGCUACGUACAGACGGGCUGCACCUCUCUGAAACUCAUCCUGAAGCGUUUCUGGCCCCUGAUCUCAGAUACACUCACAGCGCCCCCGUCUGUUGGGGUGGAUAUUACACGGGAGGAAAGGCACCAGAAGUGUAAGGCCUGCUACAAGCAGCUGAAGAACCUCAGUAACGUGGUGAAGAACAAGGCGGGUCAGGUGGGCCGACACGGCAGUGCCUUCCGAGAGCUGCAACUGCUCAUGGCUCCGCUGGACGGAUAACUGCGCAGACUGCGUCUCUCCCGGACAUCUUCACUGCUGACUGCGCAGCCUGCCUCUCUCUCCCGGACAUCUUCACUGCUGACUGCGCAGCCUGCCUCUCUCUCCUGGACAUCUUCAAUGCUGACUGCGCAGCCUGCCUCUCACCCCUGGACAUCUUCACUGCUGACUGCGCAGCCUGCCUCUCUCCUGGACAUCUUCAAUGCUGACUGCGCAGCCUGCCUCUCUCCCCCGGACAUCUUCACUGCUGACUGCGCAGCCUGCCUCUCUCUCCUGGACAUCUUCAAUGCUGACUGCGCAGCCUGCCUCUCUCCCCCGGACAUCUUCACUGCUGACUGCGCAGCCUGCCUCUCUCCCCUGGACAUCUUCACUGCUGACUG